AUGUUCGAUAGAUUCUUUAUGAGCCGUCGUGUCGCCCCCAACGCUAAUGACGAGGAGGCUGCCACGAAUUCCCCUAUUCCUCCGCCAACUCCCACCCAAACGGCCCCUCCAGAAUACACUACAUAUACUCCAGGAGGACGAUUUGAGUUUCUUAAAGAUAUAGAGGCAUAUCAAGCAGCAUGUCUGAUCAACAAAGUCGUGGAUUUCCCAGUCGACGAUCCAGCGCCUGCAUACGACCUAGACGACAUUCCAAAUGUUAUCCCUUCAGAAUCUACCGAUGAUAAACAGAUGUUUCGCGCAAAGUUCCAAAAGAAACUCAGCGAACUCAAAGAAUUUCUACAACGUCCUUCUAACUUGAGAUUUACCAAAACAACUCUCUCCGAUAAAGCCAUGCUUCUUAUUUGUGCGGCUAUUUUAACUCUCAUUGGCGCCUUCGUAGCCGUAUGGGCCGCCGUCCUCCACCAUAUCACACUUAUCGUAACUCUUGGUAUACUUUGGGUGGCUACUUUGAUUAAGUUUUGUUUGACUGGGUGGAGGUAUUAUACUAAGAGAAAAUUGCUAGGUGUGAUUAAUGUUGCUUUGUUGAAGGUGGAUAAUUUUGAAAGAUUGGAUGAUCGGACUGUUCGCGGUAUCAAAAAAGGAGUUGAUCGUGCAGUUCCUUGGAGUUAUUGGGUGGAUUCUGCUCGUAUGGUUAGGAUGAAUCGGACUAAUCGUUAG